AGAAGAAGAAAAAGAUGCUAGUGUGUUCGUGAAUGAAUGCUUGGCAGUGUUUGAAUAUUUUAGUAACCCUGCCUGCUCGUUCUGUUAUUUAUUACAUGGUGUAAUACUUCUCUUUUAUAUAAGUAAAAUAUAAAAAUGGCAGGAAGUGCUGGAGAGUGGUGUCUCAUGGAAAGUGACCCCGGAGUUUUCACAGAGCUGAUAAAAGGCUUUGGAUGCAAAGGAGCACAAGUUGAAGAAAUAUGGAGCAUGGAGCCAGAGAAUUUUCAAAAUCUCAAACCAGUUCAUGGCUUAAUAUUUCUCUUCAAAUGGCAACCUGGUGAGGAACCAGCUGGCUCAAUCGUGCAGGACUCAAGACUCGACCAGAUCUUUUUUGCUAAGCAGGUCAUCAACAAUGCUUGUGCGACCCAAGCAAUAGUCAGUGUGCUACUGAACUGUUCUCAUCCUGACAUGCACCUUGGGGAAACGCUGACAGAGUUCCGAGAGUUCUCACAAAGCUUUGAUGCUGCAAUGAAAGGUCUUGCUCUCAGUAACUCUGAAGUAAUUCGACAAGUUCACAACAGCUUUGCCAGGCAGCAGAUGUUUGAGUUUGAUGCAAAGUCAACAGCAAAAGAUGAAGAUGCAUUUCAUUUUGUGAGCUAUGUGCCUGUGAAUGGUAGACUCUAUGAAUUGGAUGGACUUCGUGAAGGACCUAUUGACCUUGGCACUUGCAACCAAGAAGACUGGAUCAGUGCAGUUCGGCCAGUUAUUGAGAAAAGAAUACAAAAAUACAGUGAGGGAGAAAUCCGUUUCAACUUAAUGGCCAUCGUAUCUGAUCGCAAGAUGAUUUAUGAGCGGAAAAUUGCAGAGCUACAGGCUCACUUAACAGAGGAAGAGCCAAUGGAUACCGACCAAAGUGCUAAUCUCCUGAGUUCCAUCCAGUCAGAGAUUGCCAAGUACCAGCUCCUGAUUGAGGAGGAGAACCAGAAAUUAAAAAAGUAUAAAAUUGAAAACAUUAGAAGAAAGCACAACUACCUACCUUUCAUCAUGGAAUUACUGAAGACUCUUGCUGAAUAUCAGCAGCUGAUUCCAUUAGUUGAAAAGGCUAAAGAAAAGCAAAGUGCCAAAAAGAUUCAAGAAGCAAAGUAGCAACCAACACGCUUUCCAGUACUUUGUGUAAUUUUCCACAAUCUCUCAAUGUACUUUUGCCAUCUGUAAUAAUUAAUAAUAAUAUUAAUAAUAAUAAUGACACCGAGAUGCUGAAUUCAAGUGUGGUGCUUGCUGUGAUGUUCAUAAGACUUCAUGUUUGCAUGCGGAAAGAUGUUUAAAUAAACCUGUCUUAUUUUCAUAUAAUUGCCAGAA